AUGGAGAAGCGAACAUUUACUCCUUCGGCUGCUGCUGCUGCUUCUUCAACUCUCGAUGAACGGCAAGCCGGAAAACUUCUCUUUGAUAAAUUGAAUAGUUUCUUUGAAAUGGAUGAGAACAUUAUUGAAUUGGGGUUGAUGCUCAGCAAACAAGAACCUCCAAAGUCCAUAUCGGAAUUAGAGAAAAUAUUACAGAGCAAUGAUGAUCAUCAAGAACCUUCGAGGCAUGUGGAUACCAUUUGUCCUUUUCUCUAUAAAGACAGCAGAAUUGGUUUAUCCUUUUGGUGCCUUCCACUCGUAUACAAGUAUGCCUAUUCCCGGCUGUUAGAGGUGCGGCGAACGGAAGAAGGCCUUGAAAAGAUUUCCGAAUCCGAGUUGUUGGCCAUUACACGUGGAAUUUUACUGAUCAAUGCCGAUUGUGUUACAGCAUGGAAUGUAAGAAAGGAAUAUUUAUCAAAGAAUCGUUCAAACGUGGAAAAGAUCUCUAAAGAAUUGCAGUUUUUAAAUCUUGUUGCAACAAAACAUCCAAAAAGUUGUGAAUCAUGGGAUCAUCGCAAUUGGAUUAUUAGAAAUUUAAUAUUUAAUAAUAAUGAAAAUUCGAGAUAUUUCUCUGGAAGAGAACAAUUUGUGAAAUUUUUAAAUACGGAAAUUGAAAACUGCACCAAAACCGUAACGAUUUAUCCCAGAAAUUACUAUUCGUGGUCCUAUCGACAACAAUUAAUGAACCUUAUCAUGUCAAGCAAUUUUUUAGAGAAUCACCUAGAAUUAGUAGACACAAGACGAGUAGUAUUGAAAGAAAAACUUGACGAUUUAUUGAACUGGUUGAAGAGAAACAUUAGCGAUCACUCAUGUGUGAACCAUAUUAUCAUACUUUUGCGCCAUUACAAACAAGCUCUUUUACAUUACAAUGAUGACAAAGAGAUUUCAUAUUUUCUAAUUUAUUUACUCAAAUUAUUCUAUUAUAGCCAGUAUUUGAUUGUAUUUUUUCCAGGUCAUGAAUCCCUUUGGAUCUUUAGAAGGUUUUUAUGGAUCUUCUUAUUAGAAAGCAAUGUUCUUUUCGAGAAAUACUUUGAUGACAUGUCUCUCAAGGACACCAUUAAUCAUUUAAUGGAAAUUGCAACCGAUCAAUUUAGUCAUUCCUCCAUUGAGAUCUACCCAUACGAGCCCAUUCAAAUAGCAAGCGAUCUACUUUUAAUUCAACGAUGUAUUAAUGACAAGGAAGUGAUUGUUGACUCUUUCAAACAAAUUCAUCAUGGACUUGUCAAUACAUUUCACAUGCUAAAAGUUGUAAAACAAUUUUCCUUGGAGCAUCAACAUGCGGGCUUAAUAGUCAGAAUUUUCAUUUUGGGUGACUUGAGGUUAGCAAACAACAACAAAACUUCUUCCUCUCGUGUUGAGGAUUGUUUGGAGAAGUGUCUCUCAAAUGUUUCAGCGCUACUGAAAGUGUACUCGACUGCAGAAUUUAAGCUUGGAAAAUCAACCCACCACAAACAGCACGAAUCCUUAUAA